UUAUUCCAAGUAUUCAUACGAAGCGUACAGCAGCGGAAACGAAGUAUGUAGCUGGUUCUGUAGCAUUUCAUUUUUUUUGCACGCGAUCAUUACGAAGUGCCCGGGACGAUCAAACGUUCGCGUAAACAGAGAAAACAAUUGAAGAUGCGCGACAACGAAGGAUUGACGUUAUAUCUAUUGCUGGCGUUAGUUCUAUGUGCAGAGGUACACACAACGGGUACGAGACAUCUGAUCAAGAAAAGAAAUUACAGCGAUCAAAGCGUGAGAGGUUAUUUGGCGGAGCGGACUUGUUGGUGGAACGAAGUCUGCAAGGAGGAAUUUCACAGUAAAUUUCGAUGUCGUUGUCCGCGGUGGUCUUAUUGCCGUGCCCCUGGCAGAUACUAUGACGCGCAUUGCAGCAUGACGCGUACCGGUUACAUAUGGACUCAACCGGAGACUUCGUUGGCGCUCGAAGUCAAUAAAUGAUUCGCCUUAUACGAAUCUUUUCAUUAGCUAUUCUCUUCCGAAAUAAACGAUUCAGGGUAUAUCGAAUUCGCGUUUCCGAGUAGUCGAUCUUCAUAGAAAUUGUUUCUGUCUAAUGUUGAUAUCGUUUCGAUUUUCAUUUGAAAUGUUCUUAUAUAUUAGCAAGUUCAUUUUGCGGAACGAAAUUUAACGCGCACGAAUCGUUACUCGCUUCUUAUUUUAUUUCGAACUUUUUCUUUCUCUACCGCUUUCACUUUCCACUUAUCAAACAGAAAUGUAAAAAUGCAAAUUUUAAUCAAAGUUAAAUAUAUACAUACAAUUAUAAUAUCUAAACAAAAA